AUGAGCGCUUCUAGGUUCAUCAAGUGUGUUACUGUUGGGGAUGGAGCUGUGGGUAAAACUUGUUUGCUAAUUUCCUACACAAGCAAUACCUUCCCCACUGAUUACGUGCCAACUGUCUUCGACAAUUUCAGUGCAAAUGUGGUUGUGAAUGGAAGCACUGUUAAUCUGGGUUUGUGGGAUACUGCAGGACAAGAGGAUUAUAACAGAUUAAGACCUUUGAGUUAUCGUGGUGCCGACGUUUUCAUUCUGGCUUUCUCCCUCAUUAGCAAGGCCAGUUAUGAAAAUGUUUCCAAAAAGUGGAUUCCAGAGUUGAAGCAUUAUGCACCUGGUGUUCCCAUUGUUCUGGUUGGCACUAAGCUUGAUCUUCGGGAUGACAAGCAGUUCUUUGUUGACCAUCCUGGUGCUGUGCCCAUUACCACUGCUCAGGGAGAAGAGCUUAGGAAGCUGAUCAAUGCACCUGCUUAUAUUGAAUGCAGUUCGAAAUCACAGCAGAAUGUGAAAGCAGUCUUUGAUGCAGCCAUAAGAGUUGUCCUUCAACCACCAAAGCAAAAGAAAAAGAAGAAUAAAGCACAAAAGGCCUGUUCGAUAUUGUGA